GAAGAUGAUAUUUCGAGACUAUGUGUCAGUCCGGCGAGUUGUACAUGUAUGGAAAAGGAAAGUACGCAAAGAUAAUCUCCACAUUAAUUGUAUGUACAUGAAAUAUAUACAAGACGAACCGCGCACAUUUGCACAAUGACGAAGUUAAGCCAGGUUGCAUUCUUUGCGAGUGUCAUCGCAUUUGCAUGCGCACAAUGCCCACAUAUGGAUGCUAUGAAGAGGCGCGAUACAAUUCGUCUGGAGAACUCGGCUUUUGAGAGCUUGGAGUCGCCGCGUACCUACAAGGGUAUGGAAAUUUUUUCAGAAGUGAAAGAGGAUAUCAGGAAAGCAUUGAAGACUCCUCGAGAAGAAUGGCCUGCGGAUUACGGACACUAUGGAGGAUUGAUGAUCAGAGGCGCAUGGCAUUGUGCUGGUACAUACAGGAAGAGUGACGGUCGAGGUGGUUGCGAUGGCGCUCGACCACGCUUUGCACCCGAACUGGAAUGGGAAGAUAAUGGCAAUCUAGACAAUUCGCGCAUCAUUUUGGAACCGAUUAAAGAAAAAUACGGUGAUGAUCUUUCCUGGGCGGAUUUGCUUGUAUUGACCGGAAAUGUCGCCAUCGAGGAUAUGGGUGGACCAGUUCUAGGAUUUUGCGGAGGCCGUAUGGAUGAUGCCGAUGGUACCAACAGUCUUCCGUUGGGACCAUCUACGAUACAAGAAGCUAUUAAGCCUUGUCCCGUUAAUGGCAAAUGCGAAACACCACUCGGACAGACAAAGAUCGGGCUCAUCUACGUCAAUCCCGAAGGUGUUAUGGAUGAGCCAGAUCCCGAGAAGAGCGUACACGCCAUACGUGACUCUUUCGGCCGCAUGGGCAUGAACGAUAGUGAAACAGUCGUGCUAAUUGGUGGCGGCCAUACCUAUGGUAAGGCGCACGGUGCUUGUGAAGACCCCCCUUGUGGAGAGGGAGAGAUGAAGGGCAAGGGUAACAACACGGUAACCAGUGGACUAGAAGGUCCAUGGACUACUACACCUACUCAAUGGGAUCAGGAGUACUUCACUAAUCUACUGAAAUACGACUGGGUCAAGUUUAAGGGCCCCGGUGGUCGGUACCAAUUCAAGCCCAGCGAUGACAGUGUUCAUAUUCAGAUGUUCACUACGGACGUUGCACUAUUACACGACGAAUCUUAUUUGGCGCUGGUAAGGAAGUAUGCCACCGACAAGGAGGCCCUGGACAACGACUUUAAAUACGCGUGGUACAAACUCGUGACCAGGGAUAUGGGACCACGUGAGCGUUGCCAUGGUGAGGACAUUCCACCCGCCCAGCCCUUCCAGAACCCCCUACCCGAGCCAUCCAGCGCGACCGUCGAUGUACCCGCGAUCAAAGGACGUAUUGCCAAGCUAUUGCGUGCUGAGACGGAGAUCUUGGAGGGCGAUAAAGACACUGAGGGCAAGCCCUACUACGGCGCACUUCUGGUGCAUUUGGCAUAUCAGUGUGCCUCUACGUUCAGAAUCACAGACUACAAAGGAGGCUGCAAUGUAAGUUCAAUCACGGUUUGUUCACAUGCUUUGCUUGAGAUUCUUAUUUGGUUUUUGUUAGGACUAUAAGCUACAUGUGGAGUAUCUCCUGUGCCCGAUAUUCGAUGUUGUUUAUUUCAGAAUACUGCUUAUGUAUAACAUUACUGUCCUUUUAGUAUAACACUACUGUCCUUUUACCAGGGUGCUGCUAUCCGGUUUGUACCACAAAAGGAUUGGCCGGAGAACGUGGGCAUGGACAAGGUGUUGGAGUUCCUAGGCUCAGUACACGCUGACUACCCGGAUAUGAGCUGGGCCGACCUGAUUGUUCUGGCUGGUGAGGUGGCUCUAGUUGAGGCUGGAGGGGAACCCAUGGACUUCAACGCCGUACGCUCGGAUGCCGUUAGUGGCGAGCACUACGAGAGUGUUGAGCUGCGUGACUACUACGUCAAUGCAACUGUGGCUGUGCGUGAUAGUAUGGACGUUAUGGGCCUCACACCGGACCAGUUUGUAGCGCUGAUGGGCCGACCGCGCAGCAACUCGCAGAUGAAACGGAUAGGGUUGUUGGGUUCGUACGAUACCGAUCCGUCCCACUUUACGAAUGAGUACUACCAACUGUUGCUCAACAGCACUUGGGUGCAGAGUGAGCAGAACGAGCACGUGUACAUUGCCGAAGAUAGUGAGGGUGUGAAGAUCGAGGGCACACACAUGACAGACUGGGAUAUGGUACUGAUUAACGUGCCUGAACUCAAGGAGAUUGUCUCUGAGUUUGCCGCAGACGAGAAGUGGUUUAAGGAGGUCUUCGCGGAAGCUUGGGUUGCUUUGAUGCGUGCUGAUCUCUUCUAAAGCGCUUAAAUUGAUAUAGGAGCGUACACCGCUUUAACAUACAUAUGAUCCGCUCUAAUGCGAAUAAGAAUGCGGGAUUAUUAGUAAUUCUAACCCUGUACAUACGACCGACCAAGAGUAUACAAUUCCUAUCGGGGAAAGGUGAAUAAGAACAUCAAGAUGCCUUGGGAGAGCUCUGUGCUAUCAAAAUAAACAUGACGUUGCAUUACGAAGUUAUCAUAAGAAAUUAUUAAUCCAUUGGGAUACAUCUGUGAACUUUCAGCGAGGACUUAUGUACAGUGCGCGAGAUGAACACGAUAGAGACUGUGUAGUAUAUAAAACCUUUAAACCAGA